UUAAUUGACGAAACUACAGAGUCGCCUAGUCCUGCAUCAGAUGAGACUUUCAAUGUUGACCCCUCAAUUUGUCCAGCAAGAUCACCAAGAGGACUUGAAACUGAAAUCCAAUUACUUCGUGGACAAGUGGAAGAAUUUCGGGCACUUUCAGCCAAGCAGGAGCGAGAAAGAUUACAACAAGCCGACGAAAUUCGACGAUUAGCAGAGGAGGUGAGUUUAAGAACAUAA